AUGACAAAAAAAUCUCAAGAAAAUAUUUCAUUACCACAAGGUGUAUUAUAUUGUUGGGGUGAUAAAUUUAGUGGUAAACCAACAUUUAAUCCCUUAAUACCAAAUAUAUGUUUUAUGGAUAAUGGAUAUAACCAUAGUUUAGCAUUAACAGAGACAGGAGAAUUAUAUGGAUGGGGAGAUAAUAGACAUCAUCAAUUAUCUAGUAAUAAAGCGAUAACAAGUAUUGACAAACCCAUUAAAAUUCAAGUGAUACCAAAUCAAAGAGUGAAAUCCAUAUCAUGUGGUGGUAAUUUCUCAGCGGCAAUAAUGGAGAAUGGGCUACUCUAUGUAUGGGGCACACUAAUUGAGGGUGGCAAAUGCACAGAGUCGCCAACCAAGGUCGACCUAUUGAAAGGUGUGACAUGUGUAUCGAUUGGUAUUAAUCAUUGUGCGGUUGUAGCCGACUCGCCUACUACACCAGAGAAACGAUCCGUUUAUACAUGGGGCACCAACCGUAAGGGCCAGUUGGGGGUCGUGGGAGACUCGAUCACCAAUGCGCCACGUCGUGUCACAUUGGGCAGUAAAGCGAUAUCAGUCUGUUGCGGCGAAGAGUUUACAGCAGCCAUUGUCGAAGGUAAUGAAGUGUUUGUGUGGGGUUAUAAUAAGAGUAGACAAAUUUGUUCAAACAAUAGCGAUGAAAUCAUCUCUAUACCCGUCAAACCAUUUCUAGGUCGUGAUAUCGUAGAGUUAUCAUGCACCAAAAACUAUAUCGCCGCUAGAUCAGGUGUUGGCAAUGUUUGUGUUUGGGGUUCAAACGAACAAGUUUGUAGAAUAGGUGAUGAUAAAUUCAUUAAUUUUCCAAAUAAAAUCAAACAAAUUUCAGCUUCAACAAGUCACAUUUUAGUUUUAUCAGAAAAGGGUGAAAUAUUUAGUUGGGGUAAUAGUGAAGAUAAUCAAUUAUCACAUAAAUUGGAUGUUAAUAGUUCACCAAAUAUAAAUUCAAGUAGUGGUACUACUACCCCCACCACCAACACCACCACUACUACAAAGAAAUCAACAUUACAAUUUAAUAAUGUUUAUCAAUUAGAAGGUAGAAAUGUUUUAUCAGUUUAUUCAUGGGGUAAAAGUAGUGGUGCGAUUAUUGAACCUGGUAAUUUUAGAGUGGAUAUUGCAGAAAGCAUGAGAAGAAAGGAUAAUAUUGGAUCACCUGCACCAUUAUUUUUUAGAAAACUUGUAAAUUAUUUACGUGGUGAAAAUUCAAAAGCUGAAGGUUUAUUUAGGCUAUCAGGUUCAAUGGCAAGAUGUGAUGAUUUAGAAAAAAGAUUAGAUUCAAAUGAAAUUUUCCCAAUUAAUAAAUAUGAACCAUACGAUGCUGCUGAUAUAAUAAAACGUUAUUUAAAAACUUUACCAGAACCAUUAUUAACAACACAAUUAUGUCAAAAAUAUGAAAAAGAUAUUUUAAAUUUUCAUAAUAAUAAUAUAAAUUCAAAUUCAAAUUCUUCAAAUCCAAAUAAUAAUAAUAAUAAUAAUAAUAAUAAUGAUAAAAUUGAAAAUUUAAUUUUAGAAUGGAUUGAAAAAUUACCAUUAGAAAAUAGACAAUUGUUAAUUUAUUUAUUAUCAUUUUUACAAGAGAUUUCAUAUAGUCAAAUUAAAUAUCAAAAACAGAAUGCAAUGGGUGAAAAGAAUUUAGCGAUAGUAUUUGCACCAAAUAUUUUAACACGUGGUGAAAUUGGUAAUGAUGAAAUCGUUGAAGAUAUGAUUAGAUUAUUACCAACAAUAAUGAAACAGUAUCCAUUAAUGGAGGAUUUAAUCAUCAUUGAUCAAGCUCAACAAUGUUUACGUGGUUCUCGUAUACCUUAUAUAAUAGAUCAUUGGAUAAGAGUUACAAAAGAACGUGAAACUGCAAAUAAUUCUUUAUUUAAACCUGAAAUUAUAAAAACAAUUAUAAACUCUAUAGUUGAAUGUACAUUAGAAAUUAAAAAUAAUCAAAAUAAUCAAAAUAAUCAAAAAGAAAAUAAUAAUAAUAAUAAUAAUAUAAAUAAUAGUAAUAAUAAUAAUACUAAUAAUACUAAUAUAUCACCGACAACAUUAUCACCAUCAACAUUAUCAUCAUCACAACAACAACAAUCAACACCAUCAUCGUUAACAUCAUCACCAUCACCAUCACAGCGUAACAGUUUGUCAACUGGAAAUAUAGCAAAUUCAUUAUCUUUAUCAUCAAACGCACUUUUUUCACCAAAUUUUUUAAGUUCAAGCAAAGACGGAAAUAAUAUAAACAAUAAUAAUAAUAAUAAUAAUAAUAAUAAUAAUAAUAAUAAUAAUAAUAAUAGUAGUAAUAGUAGUAGUAGUAGUGGGUCAUCAUUAUCAAGUUCACCAAAUUUAUCACCAACAAUUGUAAAUAGAUCAGGAUAUUCAUUAUCAUUUAGUGGUGGUACACCAAGUUCAAGAGAUUCAAGUGUUAAUAAUUUAUUAAAUACAAGUGGUGGUGCAAUUCAGUCAAUUCAAAGACAAUUUGCAAAUAGUGGCAGUAGUAGUAAUAAUAAUAAUUCAAAUAACUCACCAAGUUUAAUUGGUUCAAAUUCAAGCCCAGCAUUAACAUUUUCAAAUUCAUCAGGUAAUUUAAUUGAAACAACUAAAUUGUAUGAAAAAGUUUUAGCAUUAAUUUUAUCACCAGUUUUACCAAUUGGUAGUAUUAUGAAAGUUUUACCAUCAAUAUUUGAAUUGGAUACAAAUAAUGAUUUAUUCAUUAGACUAUUGACCACUAUAAAGUUGGUACGUACAGUUAGAUCGAAUCUUGAUGAAUUCAUACAACAACAAUUGGUAAUGAUCAAAGAGAUCAAUCAAUGCUCACAAUUCAUUGAUAAAGCAAAACAGUUGAAUGAAAAUGUCGAAUCUGUAAUAACCGAUCUUCUAUACGUUGAUGAGUCAAUAAAAUAUUGGAAACAGGUGCAACCAUUGAUUCAGCUAUAUUCUCAACAAAUUCAGUCAUACUUUAAAUGGUGGUUUGACCUAUUAGAGAAAUCAAUGACUGAAACUGAAGAGAAGCUAUUUAGAGCAAAGAAAGAAUUUGAUAAAUUGGAAACUGAGAAAACCAAAUUAGAGAAACAAUUGAACCAUUUGAAUUCUGUCACUUUGGAAACUACCGACGAGCAAAUCCUAUUGAAAAAACAAUUUGAUCAGUGGUGUCUAAUCAACCAGAUAGAGAAUUGUUCUAGAAAAAUCGAAAUUUCAAAUCAAAAUCUAUCAAGAGUUAAUCACGACUAUUGCUCGAUUCAAUCCCAUUUCGAAGCUUUUAAACCUCAUCUUUUGAUCGUUCAAGAGUUUGUAUCGAUCAUUCUAAAAUCUGUCUCUCUUUACAUUGAGAAAUUGGAUCAAAUUAAAUCCAAUACUCUUCAAAUGUUCCCUCAAUACUUUAACGCUUACAUUGAAUUAAUCUUUACUCAUCAUCAUGAAAUUAAACAACAACAACAAUUAUCCAUCAUUAAAUCUUUAGCUCAUUCUAUAACAUUACAACAUCAAUUACUCUUUAUUGAAAAUGUUAAUCAAUCAAAAUAUCAAAUCUCUUUAGAAUUAGAAACUAAAUUUAAUUCUUUAAAAAGAGUAAUUUUAGAAAAUUUAAAAGAUUCAAGAUAA